AUGAACAUGCGAGCAUUGCUAUCAGUCUUGCCGUUGCUUGCGGGCACUGCAGUUGCGGCGCCGAAACUGCUCAUUUGCUCGGACAGCACAACCGCCAACUAUGCUAGCACGUCAGCACUUCAAGGGCAUGUUGAAAAGCCCGGGUGGGGAUACUAUAUCUCCCAGUACGUGACAACCCCUGUCUCGAACCUGGCGCGAAACGGCCGGUCAACGCGUUCUUUCAUCAAUGAGGGCUUAUGGUCAUCCCUUCUCUCCUCGACGGCUGCAGGAGACUUUGUGCUGAUCGAGAUGGGCCACAACGACGAUGGAGAUCCGACGACGGACAAGGACGACCGGGCCACGCUGCCGGGGAUCGCCAACAACUCGGUCGUGGUGACCACAUCCAGCGGCAGCAAGGAAACGGUGUACUCGUUCGGAUGGUACCUGCGCAAGAUGAUUGCCGACGUGCGGGCCAAGGGCGCGACGCCGCUGGUCAGCGGCAUGGUCAACCGCAACUACUGGAGCGGGUCGACGCUGCAGAGCAGCUGGCCCUUUGCCGACUACGCGAAGCAGGUAGCGGCCCAGACGGCCGUCGAGUACAUCGACCACACGCGGUACAGCGUUGCGCGAUGGCAGGCCAUGGGGGCCACCAAGGCAAAGACGUACUUCCCCAAUGAUAACACGCACACGAACUGGGAUGGGGCCAAGAUCAAUGCCGAGACUUUCGUUCAGGCUGUCAAAUGCGCAUGCAAAACAAGUGCAUUGAAGUCAUAUCUGAACAGCAACGGGAACGCUGUGAACAACCCGGCCUGCUUGGAUAAGUGUUGA